AUGAGCAACAAUAACAAUAAUAACAACAGCAAUAGACAACAACAACAACAACAACCUGCUGCUGGAGCAAACAUUGUAAACACACCAUUGUUCAGGAACUACUUGAAGGGACUGAAGGAAUGGCAAUCAGACAUUAAUGUUGCAGAUCGUCAGAUGUCUGAAGCGGCAGCACUGUCCAAGCGUAACUCUGUUGAGGAUGCUGCAGUCUCUGCAGCUACAUCAAAGGGAUCGACCACCAACAGCAACAACAAUGUACAACCAAACGUAUCGAGACUGUUUGAUAGCGGUGCAGAGUCGAUCCGAUACAAAGAACUUGGUAAUGAACAGUUCAAGUUGGGCAAGUACAAGGAAGCAACAGAGUACUACACAUUGGCAAUUCAACUAGACUCUACAAAUGCCGUACUCUAUUCAAACAGAGCAAUGUCAUAUCUAAAGCUCAAGAAACGUGCACAGGGACACAAAGAGCUGAAACGAUAUCAAGAGGCAUUGGCAGACUUUACAUACUUGUUUAACAAGGACCCAAAGAACAAAGAGGCAGAGACGGAGAUUGCCAAUCUAAAGAAGCUGAUACAGCAACAGCCUACAGCAGCAUCAGUUCUGAAUAGCAAGGAUCAACAUACACUGACACAGCAACCAGGGCCAAAGCCAGCAGCAACACUGCCCAUCAAUCCCACACCGACUACUGCUCCUAGUACGGCAAAGGUAUCAUUGGUACAGGAGCAGAGCAACAACAACAACAACAACAAUGACAGGAUGGAAGUUGAUAGCAACACUGCUAUCACCGCAAAGCCAAGUCCAACCCCAGCUAAACCGGUUGCCGCAGCAACCUCAUUGCAAGAAAGAUUGGCCAGACUGGCCAACAUGAAGCCACCACUUCCCAAGCAGCCUCCCAGAAACAGCUUCGAGUUUGAGAAGUUCUACAACUCCAUCCAAGGGGAUAAUACCUUAUUCUAUAAUUACUUUAAGUUCAAUCAUCAGCAUUCUGGAAAGUCAUUAUAUAACGAACUGGAACUAGUUGCACAGAUAUUGGAUCAAAUGUCAAAGAUGAAUAGACUUAGUAUUAAUGUACAAUCAUUGUCAACAUCAGAGAAGCAAUCAUUAAGUAACAUCAUCCAGACACUGACAACAACAAUCACACCUGAGCGAGUUGAACACUUGAGGGCUAUCCUUCCUUCCUCAAUAACAUAA